UUGGAGGAAUUUUUUUUUUUGGAGUUUAUUGAAGAAAAAAUUCAUACCGUAACAGAGUCAAUCGAAAGUUCAACGAGUGCAACACGCUUCUCUCUUCUUUUCCAUUGUUUAUUUGUUCUUCUGUGCCAACAAAAGCUCAAUUUUCUCCUCCAACUCUAGUUUCCCCACGAACCCAUUUUUCAUUUUCCCCAAAAGAUCACAACUUUGCUUCAAUCUAUACUUCCUCUUUUCCUGUUCCCGUUUCCGUUUCAUGGGCAUCUCUUGAAAUCUGGAACCAUAGACAUUCUCAUUACACACCGCCAUGGACAGGGACAAGGACAAGUCUCACACUCACAGUUUUUUUCGCAGUUUCGUUAAACACUUCAAAUUCGGUUCCAGUAAAGAGGGAAGCGAUGAAGCUGACAUACAGAAAAUGGCUGCGCAAGAGCAGAAGAUUUUUGCCUACGAAACCUUGGCUUCUGUCACCAAGAAUUUUAGUGAUAUUCACAAGCUAGGCGAGGGAGGUUUUGGCCUUGUCUACAAGGGUAAGUUGAAUGAUGGGAGAGAGAUUGCUGUGAAGAAGUUAUCACACAGUUCAAAUCAAGGGAAGAAAGAGUUCAUGAACGAGGCCAAGUUGUUGGCUCGUGUGCAGCAUCGGAAUGUGGUGAAUCUGGUGGGCUAUUGUGUCCAUGGCAACGAAAAGCUACUUGUUUAUGAGUAUGUUGCUCAUGAAAGUCUAGACAAGUUUCUUUUCAAAUCACAAAAGAGAGAGAAGCUGGAUUGGAAACGUAGGUUGGGCAUAAUCACAGGCGUGGCAAAGGGUUUACUUUAUCUGCACGAAGACUCACACAAUUGCAUCAUCCAUCGCGACAUCAAGGCCAGUAAUAUCUUGCUUGAUGACAAAUGGACGCCCAAGAUUGCAGAUUUUGGCAUGGCUCGUCUCUUCCCCGAAGAUCAGACCCAAGUCAACACACGUGUGGCUGGAACCAAUGGAUACAUGGCUCCAGAAUAUGUUAUGCAUGGAAAUCUAUCGGUGAAGGCAGAUGUAUUUAGUUAUGGAGUUUUGGUAUUGGAAUUGAUCACCGGCCAAAGAAACUCCUCUUUCAAUUUGGACGUGGACGCCCAGAGCAUGCUUGAUUGGGCAUACAAGAUGUACAAGAAAGGGAAGAGCUUAGAAAUUGUGGAACCGACGUUGGCAGGUACAAUGGUAGGUGAAGAGGUAGCGAUGUGCAUUCAGAUGGGUUUGUUAUGCACUCAAGGUGAUCCACAGCUACGUCCCACGAUGAGGCGUGUGGUGGUGAUGCUGUCAAGGAAACCAGGCCAGAUGCAAGAACCAACCAGACCAGGGGUGCCUGGUUCUAGAUACAGAAGACCUCGAAGACACUCUGCAUUGUCUUCCACAUUGGGUACCUCAGGUGCCUCCGAUUCACACACUUCUGAUUCAAGUAAUUAUACGACUGUUACUACUAGUGCCACUGGGACCAGCUCUGCCACUGUUGAAUCAGACCCCAAGGGUAAACGUCCAAUGAGGGAGGGUUAAGUCAGUUUGGUCAGGUUAGGCUCAUUAUAUUUGUUUCAUCUAUUAUGGUGUUAUUCUUUUUGUAAUGUAAGUAUAGCUGGUGUGAAAACUGAGUGGAAUGUACAUAGUGGGAGGGCUUAGUUAGGCUAGGAAUGCUUAUUUUUUAAUUAAUGUUUACAAGUGAGAAAUGGGAACAAGUUAAGUAUUCUCAUUUUCCAUGCUCCAACAAAUGGUUUGAUUGGUGUUGAGUUCUUUAUUGGCACUUCAUUACAAAUGAUUACGCCUCAGGGUUGCGUACCCAGAUUUCCAAUCUCCUGUGAGGGAUCUAUUCACACUAUAUUGUCACCCUGAUUUUGAAUCUCCUAUGAGAAAUCUGUUCACACUUGUAAGUUGAA